GAAGCAACCUCCUCCACCACUGUCCACAGACGCGGGCCGUCUCAGACGCAAACUCCGGAUAAAACUCCUCAUCGUCUCCAUCCUAAACCCCGCCAUUCCCCUCCUCUCCUCCCCCCAAUGGAGGCCUCCGCCUCCUCUACGCCUCAAGCUCUCACCCUCCUCACCUCCUCCCCUCGCUUUCUCUCUCUCCACCCUUCUGCUCGCCAGCGCGGCCGCGGCAGCGGAGGAGGGCUCCUGCUGCGGCCUCCGCCUCACCGGAGGUUAGAGCUGGGAUACCGUGCCAACCGCCCGCUGGGGUGCUCCGUCAGCGGCUCGACGGACGUAUCAGUGGACGUUCUGGGCGGCCCGGUUGCCGCCGCGGCCGCUCUCCUCGCUGCCUUGCAGCUGUUGUGGCUCAGGUGGCGCGGCGCGAGGGAUGGGGAAUCUCCGGAGGUUUUAUGUACACAGGACAAAAGCAUUGUAAAUAAGGAACUUAGGACAACAACACGGUCGGUAUAUGAUAGUAAUUAUGCACCUUGUGCAACUCAUGAAAAUGGAUUUUCAGAGCUAUCUGUUUCUGGAGGAAUGACUCCUGAAGUGGAGUGCCAGGCUGGUAUUCCGUGUGUAGAUACUGUAAAUACGACAACACGGGCUGUUUCUGCGAUUACUCGAGGGACAUCGUUACAGACAUUAUUUGAUGUAUCUGGAAAAGAAGAAGCUAGUUGCUCAACUUCAGCAGAAAAAACAAGUUCCACUGAAAAUAUUAUGAACGUUCUUGCGAUGCCACACUCUCUGUCACAAGGACAACAUACAAAGUAUAUCUCUAACAGAAUGGGCUGGCAAGGUGGACUCUCUCGCCAUUUUUUAUCCCUUUCAGAACAAAAGGAACAUGCUCAAAUUGACAAAGGUCCUAGUGAUAGCAAAACAGACAGUGAGAAUGCUCAUUUGCUUCAAUGCCAGCAGAGUGACCAAGAGGAAAAUCUUGAUUUGACAUCUCUUUCAUCCUUUAAAAGAACAGUGGAAUGCCCUCUUAAUUUUGUUCCCCAAGCCAGAACUGGAAAUUUGUUCAAAUCAAGAAAAGCUAUUGAGUUUACAGAUCCAUAUGAAGGGGGCUCUUAUUUGACACCAGGGAAAUUAGUUCCGGUUGCAUGCUUAAGGGAAGGUCCUGCGAGUAAACAAAAGAAAGCAGUGAAAGAUCAUGACGCUGCAAAAACUAUUGGCUGGACUAUUUCCGAAAUACUGAGCAAGGAGAACCUAGAGAACUUCAUUCCGGCAAAGACACUUGGAUUAAACGGCACAGUGGACACAUCAGAUUACAUAAGGAGAUACAAUAGUUCAUUAAUGGAUGGAAGGUUGAAAGACUGCGUAGAUUUGUUGGAAAACAUGGAGCAGAAGGGAUUGCUUGAUAUGAAGAAGAUCCACCAUGCCAGCUUUUUGAUUGCCUGUAAGAAGCAAAGGGCUGUUAUGGAAGCUGUUCGCUUCUGCAGAUUGAUUGCAAAUCCGAAAAUGAGCACCUUCAACAUGCUUUUAUCCGUUUGUGCUCAUUCACAAGAUUUUGAUGGGGCCCUCCAAGUUAUGAUGCUCCUAAAGGAGGCUGGGCUAAAACCUGAUUGUAAACUUUACACAACACUGAUAUCAACUUGUGCGAAGUGUGGAAAAGUUGAUGCAAUGUUUGAGGUCUUCCAUGAGAUGGUCAGUGCUGGAAUAGAACCAAAUGUUAACACAUACGGUGCACUAAUUGAUGGCUGUGCUAAAGCUGGACAAGUGGCAAAAGCAUUUGGUGCUUAUGGGAUCAUGAGUUCAAAGAAGGUGAAGCCAGAUCGAGUUGUCUUCAAUGCUUUGAUCAGUGCAUGCGGUGAAUCUGGAGCUGUUGCUCGAGCUUUUGAUGUUUUAUCAGAAAUGACGGCAGAACCCUCCGAAUCUAAAGGAUGGAAGCCAAUUCUUCCUGAUCAUGUCACAGUUGGAGCACUUAUGAAGACAUGUAUUCAGGCCGGCCAGGCUGAUCGAGCUCGUGAAGUUUACAAAAUGCUUCAGGAGUACAAUAUAAAGGGUACCCCAGAAGUUUACACAAUUGCAUUGAGAAGCUGUAGCUUGACUGGUGAUCUAGGUUUCGCACUGAAGAUCUAUGAAGAUAUGAACAAGAUUGGAGUAAUACCGGAUGAGAUGUUUCUGAGUGCUCUAGUUGAUGUAGCUGGCCAUGCUAGGAGGGCUGAUGCUGCCUUUGAAAUAAUCAAAGAUGUAAGAGCAAAGGGAUUUCAUGUUGGAAUCAUGGCAUACAGUUCCUUUAUGGGCGCUUGUUGCAAUGCCAAGGACUGGAAAAAGGCACUACAGCUAUUUGAGGAGAUUAAGAUCAGCAGAUUAACUCCAACAGUUCCAAUGAUGAAUGCUCUGAUCACUUCCCUAUGUGAUGGCGAUCAAGUUCAAAAGUCUAUUGAGGUCCUUAACGAGCUAAAGGAAUUUGGUGUCCGUCCAAAUGAGAUAACCUAUUCUGUCUUAUGUGUGGCUUGCGAAAGGAAUGGUGAAGCAGAACUAGGUAUUGAUCUAUUUGAACAAUUAAAAGUAGAUGGUAUUGGCCUUAAUCCCACCAUUGUUGGUUGUGUUACUGGUUUGUGUCUACAAAAGUUUUCCAAUGAUCUUUCCCUUGGCAAUAUCAUUGUCAGAUUCAACCUGGGGAAACCACAGAUUGAUAAUAAAUGGACCACCUCAGCAAUUAUGGUCUUCCGUCAGGCAAUUACCGCUGGUCUGUUACCCUCAAGUGAUGUUUUAUCUCAAGUGUUGGGAUGUUUGAGGUUUCCUCACGACAGUUCAUUGAAAAGUACUUUCAUUGAUAACAUGGGAAUAAGUUGUGAUAUGCCACAUCACCCUAAUACAUAUUCACUAUUGGAAGGAUUCGGUGAAUAUGAUGUUCGUGCUUUCUCAAUACUGGAGGAAGCUGCUUUGUUAGGAGCAGUGGCAAGUGCUUCCACAAAACAUAGCCAAAUUGUCAUUGAUGCAAGAAAGUCAAAGAUGUACACAGCCGAGGUUUCUCUUUUGAUGACAUUUAAGUCCCUGAAGCAUCGACUAGCUGCAGGUGCAAGGUUACCGAAUGUUACGAUUUUGUUACCCACAGAAAAGAAACAAGUUGAUCUUGAUGAAAGAGAGAAAACACUUAAACUUGCUGGAAGAGUUGGUCAAGCAGUCGGCUCCCUUCUGAGAAGAUUGGGAAUUAAAUAUCAAGGCGAGGAGUCUCACGGCAGGAUGAGGAUCAACGGCCUCACACUAAGAAGGUGGUUUAAUCCAAAAUUCACGAGCACACCCUCCACUGGAACACCAGCAGAAUUGCUUCCACUACCCUCGAGAUUAGCAAAAGGGAUCGCUGAUCAGCAGCGCGAUAUCAGAAGCCUUUCUUUAUAGCACAGGUUUAACCUUUUCCAUGGCCCAAAUUUUGGAUACCAAGAAGGCAAUUUACCGUACAGCAUCAGCAGACCUCAGAAACUAGCUAGUCAAAAAGAUCAGGAUGAUGAAAUAUUUUGAGAGCUUAUUGGGUGGAAAGAAAAAUGCAACACAGCACACAGUUCUGUGCAUCAAGUUGCAUAAUAAAUGUAUUCAUUUCAGGAUUUAGGAUAUGAAGCCUCUUUUUCUCUUUCUUACAUUACAUGACCUCAGGCUGUCUGGCAUUUCUCAAGAGAUGAUGCCUUCUGUAGCACAGUCGCAUAAAAAAGAUUGCGAGAUGUUUCCACUAAUGUACUACUGGUAUUCGAAGUGUAAUUUAUUUGUUUUACUUGUUGCAUAACUAUAUAUUCGAGGUCAACUCUGCUCAUCAGAAAACACGUGUAAUAAUCUAAUUAGCGACUAUAUCAA